AUGUAUUUCCAAACCGUCCUGGUGUUGUUUUUGGCGUCGUUCGUUGCUGCGGCGCCCAUGAGGGUGACGUUGCGUGUAGGAGGGAUUAUCACUGGGGGAUCGUCCAUAGUGUCUGCCAUGAAUGUGGUAGACCAACAUCAUGAAAUGGCUCGCCCUCAGCUGCACGGAGGCUUGGACUCGGACUCGGAGCACGCGAGCCAUAUGCUGCCGCCUGCCGGUGCUCAGGUCAUGCUGGGUGAGAAGCCGGUUCCCGAGCCCAGUAGUUCUUCGCCGUCCGCUACCAUCGGAGAUAUACUCAAGACGUGGAGUUGCAACCUCUCAGGGGCUGUACAGAAAUUCAGCGUCAAGUUGAGGUUUCAUUUCGGACCCAAGGCAUCACAUGUUAGACUCCAUCAACGAAAACUUCUGAGGAGUCGCCAUCCCGUACGCGUUUAA